CAAGAAUGCGUCUGGCUCACUAGGAAUGAGGCUUGGGACUCGGCUUCUUUUCGCUCAUUUUGUCAUGUUCUCUAUCAUUCCUGGAUUUAAUCAACAUGUUAUACCAUGCGGGGGAAGUAGCUUUACAUGCGACUUGAAGCAGAGAGAAAUUUAUACUCCUAAUCCAAGAACCAUGAUACAACGCGAGUUGUACCAUGGCCCCUAGGGUCUGCUACUUAUGGGGGAAAGUUACUUGGAAAAGGAACCCUUGCAACCUGCUCUUUGUUCAGAGGAUGCGGAACUCGUCAUGUUCGACUGCUGUUUUGCUAAAUCUGUUUGGGAGAUCACUUGUAGUCCACUGCACCCCAGCACGAUCAUUUGAUGAAUUUAUUGUCACUGCUAGCAACUGGACUCACUGAUGACUGCAGGAGAGCUUUAUGUUAUGCUGGUGGCCCCAGUCUGAGCACAAGGAAUGAAAGAUAAAAGAUUGUCCAAACGGAAACUAACACAAGCUGAUGAAGUCUCUCCAAAAGCUAUUCCCCUUGCACAAGAAUUUUGAAGGGCAACACAUGAAGCUGGUUCAAUUGUACAGUAAAGGCACCGGAGUGCCCCUGCUCAUUCUGACCACCCAUGCAUUUCUUUGCUUCGUUGGAUACCUCCUCCUCCUCCUCCUCCUCUUGCUGCGGCUAAAUUAAAACUUCCGUGGGGCACCUACUAAUUCCGGUGCCGUUCGAAAGCAUCAUGUGGCCUUCAAAAAACUGUGGCCGUCCGAUCGGAAUCUGCGUCUCUUUUUUCCACUCAUUCGGCGCCGGCGCGCCACGCGUGGAUGUCCGUAGACAGGAAAAAGGUUCCCCUGGAUCCUUAUUUUCCGAAGCCGGUCGCUGAAUGCCCUCAAACAGCAUCGAUCUUUGCUGAUGACGUGUCCUCCUUGGCCUGUCAACUACUGGUUCGAGUUGUUUCUUUCAAGAGAAAGAAUGAUCGAUCAUCCUUCGCAAUGUCGACCGUUGGAUCCCACUCUGCACAGCUCGCAAAGCAAGCCGAACAUCUUUCCUUCAGCAGCUGCGCGGAUCUCGAAGCGCCCACUGCGCAAUCCAACGGUGGAUUCGCGCGAAGGAUGGCGAAUUCCUUCUUUCGCCCCAAAGAUACAACCCCUGUCAGCGAGAACACCAUCAUCCAUAACGCCGUCCAGAGAUGUAACAGGGAGCGUCCCACGACCGAUGCUUUUCCUCUCAAUUUUUUCCCUUUUUCUCCUCCUCCGUAUAUUUUGGUACUGAGUCACGAGAGAGAGAGAGGAGUGGCGAGAUGGGCGGUGGCGGUGGCGGUGGCGGUGGCGGUGGCGGUGGGGAGGCGUCGUCGUCGGCAGCGGCGAGCGCGUGUUCGUCAUCGUCGGCGGCAGCGGCGUCGCCGAACGGGAAGAGGGGGAGAGAUCCGGAGGAUGAGGUCUACCUCGACAACUUCCAUUCCCACAAGCGUUAUCUUAGUGAGAUAAUGGCUUCCAGUAUGAAUGGAUUGUCAGUGGGGGAUUCCCUUCCUGAGAAUCUCAUGGAAUCCCCAGCAAGAUCUGAAAGCAUCUGUUACCCCAGGGAUGAGAUUGCCUCGCAGUACUCUCCAAUGUCAGAAGAUUCAGAUGAUUCCCGAUACUGUGAAACCCCAUUAAACACCACCACUAUCCAGUCUGAGGUCAUGAGUAGCCCUACCAGUCCAGUUUCUCCCCACAGGCAUCAGAAAGUGACCGUGUUCUCAUCUUCCAAUCCCUAUCCUCUUCCUAGCUGCACUCUUGCCUCUGUUGUCUGCUCCCAUCCACGCCACCAACGUGGGUCAGACUCAGAAGGUCGCUUUCCAUCUUCACCAAAUGAUGUGUGCCAUACAGCAGACCUCAGACGGGCUGCACUGUUGAGAUCGGUGCAGAUGAGAGCACAGCCGCACUGCCCACCUGCAUAUGAGUUGCCAUUUAAUGGUGGGCAAGAGAAUAUUCAGAGUGUAGAAGAUGGGGAAGACCGGUCCUUCUCAUGUAUUAAAACUCUAGAUGAUGAAACUGGUUAUCAAAGCCCAGAACCUGAAGCAGAUUUCAUUGAGGAUUGCUCAUCGGUGGAUGGUCUUGCAGGGUCGAAGCUUAGCCAAGAGUAAAUAUCAUAUGGUGUUAUUCACGCAUUGGAAGUUUAGAGAGUCUGCAGAAGAGAAGCCACUGAAGGAAAAUGGCAUUGUUAAAUAGGAUCAACAGUUCAGCUUGUUCCAAUAGAUGAUGCAGAUAUUUCUCUUGGACUCAUGGAAUUGCCAGAAUUCUCUUGUACAUCUGAAGGCACAUUGAUCCUUUUUCUUUUUUAUUUGUACAAAUCUACAUGCUAACUUCUGGAGCCAAAGAAAUGUUCUUGAACUUGACUGUUAAAAUUGCUCCACAUGCAGGAACGAGGUCAGGUAUUCCUUUAUGAAGUGCCACUGUCCUUUAAAACUCACAUGCAAGUUAGUUCUGACAUCACUUGUGCAAAAAUUUCAGGUUUGCCUUGUGUAGGUUCUGCUGUUUUUAAAGCAUGACUGUCAAAUGUCCUCAAGUGGUUCUUUAUUUGUGAAUUUGGUGGCAAUAUCAUUUAUUUAUUGUCAGUAUUUUAUAAAUUUUGUUUUUCUUGUCCA